CAUCUUGUUUAUCGUACUGUAACGUCAGUGUCAGUACGUCAACGCUUUACAGUACUUUACAGUUAAUUUAAUUUAAUCUCUUAUCGAUGUUUUCAGAUCUCUUCCAAUCCGGUAGUACAUGUGGUGAAAUAUAAAUUUACCGGUAGCUAUUUUAAAGAGAAUUAACAAUUAUAAUUAUAACAAAGGUCGUAACUUCGAGUUUUCAACUAAGAAUUAACAGAACAUAAGGGAUAAAGUUAUUUGUUUAAUACACCAAAUAAAUACACAAUGAAAGACGUUAUCGAUGUCAUGGAAUUACAAAGAGAAAAAUCUAGAAAAGUUACCCCGGUUGACUACAAGCAGUUGGAAUUUAAUGGAGGGUUUACUCCGGCCAGAUUUAUAUUUGAAUGUGGUGUGAAACUAGGAGGUCAGCCACUGACAUUGGCAACGGCUGCUGUAAUUAUGCAUAGAUUUUUCAGAGAAGUUGACCCCUCAAAUUAUGACCCCUUUUUAAUUGCAGCGUCGUCUCUCUAUUUGGCUGGAAAGGUGAAAGAUGACCCACUAAAGAUCCGCGACAUAAUAAAUGUAGCUCACAAUACACUUCAUAGGGGAAGCAGCCCCCUCGAGAUUGGAGACGAGUACUGGAACAUGCGAGACGCAAUUGUUCAAGCAGAACUGUUGAUAAUGAGAGUCCUCAAAUUCGAAGUGGGUACGACACACCCACACAAGUAUAUGCUUCAUUAUCUAAAAUCGAUGGAAGGUUGGCUUGGCAAGGAACAGUGGGAGACGAUUCCCGUGGCUAGUGCUUCGGCAGCAUUUUUGCAGGAUUUCCAUCAUGACCCUAGCAUUUUAGAUUACAAUCCUCGGCACAUAGCGAUUGCCUGCAUUUCACUCGCAUUGCAGUGUUAUGGAGUACAGUUGCCUCUAAUUGAGGACACGGAUGAUGAAGUUUGGUACAACGUUUUCGUUAAGGAUUUGCCGAAAGAUAAACAUUGGGAAAUCAUGGAGAAAAUUAUGGAAGCUUAUAAUAAAGAACCAGAUACAGUUUAAUUUUUUUUUAGUAUUAUCGUUUAUUUGUAUUUUUGUUUUUAUAAUGUAUGAGGAAAAUUUUUUUGAGACUAUAUUUUUUUGUACCGACUAAAAAAUCGAAAAUCUAUCAUCACAAUUAGAUUAUCUUUUAAGUAUUUCAGACAUAUUAGAAAGAGACAAUGUAAUAAAUUAGAGAAACGUUUUAAGAUUUGUUAUUUGAACGUUCUGGAAAAGAAUCUUAUGAAAAUAAAAAUAUUUUAAAUAUAAAUCGAUAUAUAUCUAAAA